AUUUAUUCCUUCUCAGGCUUUGCUUUUUCGUUGUCUAUGCGCCAAUUCUGACUUUCCCGGAGGCGGGUCCACCGUCCACCACGCCACUCCACCACCACCACCGUAAGCAACGUCAGCAACGCCGCCGUAUAUCGUAUACGUCUUUGAAGGUGUUGGUGUUUGACUUUGAAGCGAUAUAGGGUGCGUUGUUGAGUUGAUGGUUGGUAGUGGUCAGGGUUCUGUUGGUGGGUGCGAGAUAGGGGUUGGUAGAUCUUUCCUCUAAUGAUUUUUGAUGGGAUUUUGGGGCGAUUCUGAUUCUGAUGGCAUGAGAUAGGGAGGUUUGCUUUUUGGUGGCAUCAAUUCAUAUUCUGGCGCAUCGUUAUUUUUGCACAAAGGAUUUCUCAAUCCCAAUGGUGUUGGAAUUUUGAAUUUUAAGAAUUUUUCUGUUGAUGGGGUUGAAGGAAGUUCAUGGAUGGAGUUUUAUAAAACAUAUGCGAUUUCCUGAGGAAAAUUCUGAUUUUAUACCCUCUUCUCAGCUAGAGAAGAAGGAAUACAAGAAUAGGUUUGCUAGUGGGUACCAAGUGUGUUAGUAGUUGGCCAUGGAGGACGAGGCUAAUUCUUGGUUAAGGAGAACAAAAUUUUCUCACACAGUGUGUCAUCGGUUGGAUUCUACAAGGUUGGCCUCUGUUCCUCUCAUCAUCUUCCCACGAGACCAGAAAUUGGCGGUAAAAUCUAGACCUGCAAAGCCUUCUGUUGGUGCAAAAUCCAGUCCUUCCGUUGCACAGAUUCUGCAAAAUCCCGUCACUAACAAACAGAGGUCUGUAUCACCUCUCCCUGAAACUACACUUCCCGAUGCAUUUAAGGAAGCUCGAUCUGAUCAGAAGAGAUUCUCUACUCCUCCUCCUCAAAGAAGAGAAGAGAAGGGAGCUAUGGGCAAAUUAUUUCACAAAGAUUGUCAAGAAACUCAGGCACCGAAGUCCAAGUCAAUCAGAAGUACCAGCCCACUUAGGCACUUCACUCCGCUGAAGAUUCGUGAUAAACAUACAAGAAAGAAAGAAUCCUAUUGGACAAAGUAUUUUGACCAUGGAGUUGGCCGAGUUACAUCUGUGGAAACAGCAGAUGAGUGGAUGGUUGACCUCUCUAAACUAUUUAUUGGGCUUAAAUUUGCUCAUGGGGCUCAUAGUCAGCUGUACCAUGGGAAAUACAAGGAUGAACCUGUAGCAGUGAAACUUAUUAGGGUACCUGAUGAUGACAAAGAUGGCAGUCUGGCUGCUAGUUUGGAGAAGCAGUACGUAUCUGAAGUCACUCUUUUGUCUCGGCUGCAUCAUCAAAAUGUCAUAAAGUUUGUAGCAGCGCGCAGAAAGCCACCAGUUUUCUGUAUUAUCACAGAAUAUCUUUCUCAGGGUUCCUUGAGGGCAUACCUUCAUAAGCUUGAGCAUAAAUCUCUUCCAUUAGAGAAAUUAAUUUCAAUUGCUUUGCAUAUUGCCCGAGGAAUGGAAUACAUUCACUCUCAAGGAGUAAUUCAUAGGGACCUCAAGCCUGAGAAUAUCCUUAUUAAUCAAGAUUUUCACAUUAAGAUUGCUGAUUUUGGUAUAGCUUGUGAGGAGGCAUACUGUGAUAUUUUGGCAGAUGACCCUGGAACUUACCGUUGGAUGGCACCUGAAAUGGUCAAACGUAAAUCAUAUGACAGGAAGGUUGAUGUGUACAGCUUUGGACUUAUUCUAUGGGAAAUGGUAGCUGGGACCAUUCCUUAUGAGGAUAUGACACCAAUCCAAGCAGCUUUUGCCGUAGUUAACAAGAAUUUGAGGCCAGCUAUGCCUGGAGACUGCCCAGCCGCCAUGGGUGCUCUGAUUGAGCAAUGUUGGUCCUUGCAUCCGGAGAAAAGGCCAGAAUUUUGGCAGAUUGUAAAUGUUUUAGAGCAGUUCAAGUCUUCACUUGCCCGUGAUGGAACCCUCAAGCUGAUGCAAAACCCAAAAUGUCAGGAGCAUAAGAAGGGUCUUCUCCACUGGAUUCAGAAGCUUGGUCCUAUGCAGCCUAGCAGUUUAGCCAUGCCCAAGCCUAAAUUCAUAUGACUCUUUCUUGUGUUUUGGCUUGUAUAGUUUCACUGGGUCAGUGUGCAAUUAAGAUUGCUAUUUUUUAAACCCUUUAAUUUUUUUGUUUUUUUUUGAAACUUUAUGAAUUAGUAUUACUUUUAAGGUGCAUUGAUGUGGAAUUACCUUCCAUUUUCAUGUACAUAGACAACAUACAGCAUGAACAAAUUUUAAAUAAAAUAGCAAAAUUACUCUCUUCCUACAAGGUUUUGUUUUUUUGUCUUAAGAUUCUUUUAUGGUUGGUGGUAUGUUUCCUAUUAUAUUUAAACAGAAGUUAUUGUUGUUUCAAGAAGAAUGCUUGAAAACAUAUAUGAUCUCAAUGACGACCUGCUUUCUUACUUUGGAAAUAUUGCCUACGUACCCAGACUGGUACAUCAAAUAUCCAUUUAUGAACACCUUGUUGGGAGCACAUCCAUGUGGGACAGGUCUGGCUUUUACACCUAAACAUCUAAAUAAAUUCAUCUUGACCAAAUGUGUCUUGAUGAAGAAACAGAAGUGCAGAGAAUGAAGAGAAACAAUAAUGGGAAGAAUGGAAGAGAGGAACGCAGAGAGAGAAAGCGACUGCUGAGAAGAGAAAAUUUCCAAGAGUACUAUCUCUUGAUGCAAUUUAUGCAGGAUAUAUGAAAGUUGGAUGGCAGAACAUUAAGCUUGCUUUUGCUCAGAAACCAGGCCUUUAUUUGGUUACCAUAGAUUCCAUGACCACAAGCCACAAUCCUUUGAG